AUGUUAAAAAUUGGAAUUUGUUCGAGUAUAAAGGUCAGUAAUACAACAUCUAGUUCAUAUCAUUCACCAUCAAGCUCUACAGUAUUAGUUGGAAAUGGUGGGUUAUCGAACCAACAAAACUAUUACCAAAAUGAAGGAGGAUCAGUAAACCAAAUCUCAUCCCCAACCGAUCAGCAACAAGGUAGUCAAAUCUCAUCAUCAGCAUCCACAUCAUCAGCAUCAUUAAUGAAUGGUACAUCAAUGAAUAGUAGUGCCAGUGGUUAUAUGUCGAAUAAUAUUUUAUUACUUAGUUCAGCAUCAUCAAUAGCUUCAUCAGAGACCUCCAUUGGUUCAACACUUUCAAUAGGAGCUGGUACCAGCCAAAUUGGUUUACAAUAUAACUCACUAUCCUCAAAUUUACCACCAUCCCAUUUAACUUCCAAUACAAUCAUUACUACAAACUAUAUGAUGGCAAAUCAAAUUUUAUUUAAUUGUUUAUGUUUUCAUCCAAGAGCACCUGUGCUUUAUGCUGCCAUAAGAAAUGAAAUUCAUUUUUAUGAUAUUAUUACACAAAGUAUUUUUGGUAAAUUAUUUAUUGACCAAAAUGAAAUUAUUAAACAUAUUAUUACAUUAGUUGGUAACAAUCAAACACCAACCUAUCUCUUAGUAUUUACAGCAGUAGGAAUUAUAUAUUUAUUUGACCCAGAAACCCAUAAACUUCAAACCAUUGUCCAUCAAUUAAAAGUUGAUGAUAAUAGACCUAUUACAUGUAAAGUCGCUUCACACUGUAAACCAGCUGUUUAUUUUUCUAAAGUUAAUUCAAAUGAUAUUGUUGUUGCUGAUUUUGUUAACAAAGUAAGUAAUCAACCAUUCAAGUUAAAGGGUCAUAAAAAACCAAUUUCAGCCCUUGCACAUCAUCCAAACAGACCAUUUUUAGCCUCAGCAAGUACCGAUGGUCAUUUAAAACUAUGGGAUAUUAGAACAAAUGUAGUAAUGCCCUUUUCAAAUUUAGAGGAAUUCCCAUCUUAUGAAAACUCUAGAAAUAUUGAGCAUUCAGCAAAUUACUUUUUAGUUUUUGAACCAACUGGUAAAUACUUAGUUAUGACUGGUUCAUCAGGUUUAACUUUAGUUUAUGGUGAAACAUCAGUUACACCAUCACAAGAAAUUAUUGCUAGUGGAUUUAUUUGUAAAGGUCAAAAUAUUUUAUCAAUUGUACAUCACCCACAACUACCAUUGUUAUUUGUAUUAUCAAGUAAUCCAGCAGGAUAUGAAGAAAUUUCAACAUGGGAAGUCAAUUAUCAUUCAAAAAUAGUAGUUCCAUCAUCAAUGAUACCACCAUGUAUACCAGAUAUUAAUGAUUCAUUAUCCUAUUUAUCAAAAUCCUCAAAGCCAUUAACUGUACCAAAAUUAAACGCAACCUCAAUAAUAUUUCAUCCAACCAAAAAUUAUUUAACACUUCAAUUAGAGGCAUCACCAAAUAUUUCAGCAUCGUUAUCACCACUUCCACCAUAUAUUAAUAGUCAACCAUUCUCUUCGAUAAGACAUAUUAAUCAAAAUAUCUACUCUAUAAAUUCAUACGACUAUUUAAAUCAUUCAUUCCCUCUUGUCAGUAAAGUUAAUGUUCCAAUGGGUUUCUUCUUUGAACCUGAACAAACCUUUAACUAUCCUGCCGAAAUUACAUUCUUUGAUGGUACCCAUGUAAAAUCAUAUCUUCCACUUAAUGGUAUAACUAGAAAACUUAUUGAACAACCAAUUAUAGCUACAAGUAACGAAGAAAUUUGCAAACCUAAAAAGUUUUUAUUCAAUACCGAAUUCCAACUAUUCGCUUUAAUCUAUGACUCUUUUUCAUUAGCCGCCCAAGCUCAAUUAGGAAAAUACUUGUUAAUGGAUUUAAACGGAUCAGUAAAUCAACAAGGUGAUGGUGUAGAUUGUGUUUUUCUAGGUAACAAUCAACAAAUUUUAAUUUUAGGUUUAGAUGGCAAAUUAGCCAAAGUUGCAACUCUCUCUAAACAAGGCGUCAGCUCAUUUAAAAAUCAUAAUUUAUUACCAAAAGUUACAUCAGUACACUCUACUCCGCUAUUUGGCAACAAAGUUGUAUUAUAUUUCUCACAAGAAAAAAACUGUAUUUACUUUUCAAAGAAUAUAAAUCAACAACAUGACCCAUCAACUAAAGAUCAAUAUAGUGUUGAUGUUACCGGCGAUCAAUUACUUUUACAACCAAACGAAAAGGUAUUCCAAGUUGAAUGGCAAUCGGAUCCAAGAUCAUCCCAACAUGUCUGUGCAAUUUUAACAAAUCAAAGAAUUUUAAUUACUAAUUCACGUCUAAAAAUUAUUAACCAAAUCUCAACACCACCAGAGCAUUCGAUCACCUCUUCUUUAUAUUUCCAUAGUAUAAUUUGGUUAGAAUGGACAUUGCUUUAUACAACACCAACUCAUUUAAUGUAUAUGACAUUGCAAAAUAAUCAACCAGUUAGACCAAUUUCAACAUUAUCACAGUCCCCAAUUAUUCUAUCUACCAUUUUACCAGAUAGAAUGUUAUUUGGUUAUCAAGGCCCUCAAGUACCGGGUAAAAAUGAAACCUCAAUACGUUGUCAAGCAAUUGGUAUCCUUGAAUGCUUGAUCAUGGGUUUACUAUCAUUACCACCAUUCAUUCAAUAUGAAAAGAAAUAUUUAUCAACAUGCUUACAAAAUAUUGUAUCUAAAUUAGAUUUCAAUAGAAUUAGCAGAAUUGUAUUAGAUAAACUUAGAGAGAAAUCGUUCACAGAUUUAGCAUAUUCCUUAGCCAAUGAAAUGAAAUCAUCACAAUCAAAACAAUCAUCAUUAGAUAAAUUUAGAAUGGCAUGGAUAUCAAAACAAUACGAUGAUGCAAAUCGUCAUUUAUCAUCAGAAUUUAAUAGAAUGAACUCACUCAAAACAUUAAACGAAACCGAAAAGAGACAAUUUUUAAAACUAAAAGAAAAUAUGAGAGAUUUCGGAAGAGAAUGUAUGAAUGCUGGUCAUUACAAUUUAGCCAAAGAUUGCUUUUCAAAAUUGGGUGAAUAUAUUUAUUUAUUACAAAUUUCAAUAUUAUUAAACGACAAAGAUAGUGUUUAUCAAAUUAAAAAAGAGGCUGAACAAAAUAAUGAUCAAGUAUUAAUAUCAGCAUGUGAUAAAUAUUUAUUAAAACAAAAACCAGGUACCAACAAAGUUAAUCCCCCAGUCAACAAAAUAUUACCAUGGGAGCCAACAAAAACAAUUAAUGUUAGUGUUAAAGUAGGCUUAGACUAUCUUUCUCCAAUCAAUUUAAAUUCCAUUCAACGUUAUUACCCAAUUUCAUUACAAUUUAGUGGUGCUGCUCCAUCAUUAAACAAUACCCGUCACAAAUUACGUUCACCAGAUGAAAAAUGGCCACCUCAAGAUUUCAAGCAUAGUGUUGCAUUAUCUCCACCACGUACUUUGAUGUCUCUAGUUGCAAAUCGUUUAUCCACCAAAUCUCAUAUGUCAUCAACCCAAACUUUACGUCGUUCUCCAUCCGCUGAAAAUUUAAUUAAAUCACCAAAACUAGACUACAAAGAUGUUGCAAAUCAAGAUUUCGAUUUUGAUAGUGAUGUUAGCGAAGAUGAUUCCGAUUCUGGUGCUGCUGCUGAUGUUGACUCUGAAACUGAAGAGGAUCUUUUAAUUGUACAAAAAACUAUAGAAUCACAACUCAAAGAAAUUCAAAUUGAUGAUGAUCAAUCUCAAGAUAUAAGUAAUAAUAAUAUUGAUUCUGAUUUAGAAUCAACAACUAGUAGUAAAUCUUUAAAUAAUAAUAGUGACAAUAAUAGUGAAAAUAAUAUUAAUAAUAAUAAUGUAUCGAAUAACAAUUCACCAACAUCUUAAAAUAAAUAUUUAGAUUUAAUUUUUUUUUUUGAACUAUUUCAAAAAAAAAAAAAAAAAAAAAAAUUUCUUAUAACUAAA